UUGUUGCAAACUGCCGCCACGCCACUCUACUGUCAUUUUCUGCCUGCACGUGUUCGGCGAUACAUUUUGGGUCAUUCUCCCACAGUUUGUUUCAUUUUUGGACAGCUGUGUUUGGUUCGGCGUGUAUAAGUUGUAGUUUGAGGCAGUGAGCGAGUGUCAUGAUGAUUAGAAGAGCAGAAAGGUGUUUAUUGGUGCGACCCAACAGACAGCAUGGCAGCAGAGCUAGCAGGAGCUAGCCGGAGAACAACAUGUUCAGACUUGUUCCCAGACACCGAGAGCGUGGAGGGACAGCGACACAUGCAUCAUUAGUAAACCCGGCAGGUAGUGUUAUUGGUCACGGACGGAGGAAAUGGAUUACCAGUUCCCACAGCAGCUUUUUCCUUCGUUUUACAACUGCGGACCGCCGGACUCUGUCCACAAGCACAACGCUGGGAAGUGGGGCAGCUACAGCCGAGUCAGACCUCAGGGCGGCUCUGGUCCUUUGUCCAGCUGGACGUUUACAUCCAGACAUCAGGUGAGAGGGGAGACGUGGCGUCACACUGAGCCGGCACCGCUUCCUCUCCUUUCUCCUAAAAACUCUGUCCUCUGGCCUUUGAAACCUCCAGAUCCAGAACAUGAUUUCCAAAAACACAUGCAGAACUUCUUCGUGGACCACUGCCAGGACGCCUUCGGGUGCAUGGGGGAGAUUCUGAGCGAAAACUUCAACUUCAAACAGGGAAGGAAGGAGAAGUAUCGCAGGGAUUCAGUCCACAUGUGGAAGGUGAAAAACGUCCUCGACGCACUGGAGUUUAACAUAUGUUUGAAGUCCUAUACCCCCAGAGUGCUCCGCGGGUACAGCUCCCUGCUGGGGGACGUGGUGCCGGCCGUCCCCCCUGAGCUGCUGGGCUCUCUGCUGUACGAGGAGCUGACCGAGCAGAGAGACCGCAUGCUGUUCUCUGAAGGAGCCACAGGGGGCGCUCUGGCCUUCGUCCCCUUCUCACAGAGCAGCAGCGACUCUCAGCGCGGCUGUCUCCUCUACCCCGGAAACAAGGCACGGGACUGCCUCAACUUCCACAGAGUGGAGCUGCAGCACCACAGAGAAGGUCCCACCUGUGUGGACGCCAGCAGCAGCGACCCGUUCAGGUUCCAGCUGAAAGCCCCCGUCAGACAGAUCAGCUCCGCCUCCCUGUUCAACGACUGUUGUGUUGCCGUGCGCUCCGAUCACCUGUGUGGAGUUUGGAGGUUCAGCGAAACAAACGCACCUCGUCUGCUACAAGUCGUAAACACCAGAGAGGUCGCCACCUGCGUCAGCGUCAGUCCACAUGUUUUAGGUGAAGUUCUGGUGGCGAGUGAGAGCGGAGCAGCAAACCUGUGGACGGUCGGCAGAGGCAUGCAGAAGGUUCGGGAGGAUGACGAGAACCUGUACUUCAACGCCAAUUCGUCGUGGCGAUGGUGCGAGUUCUCGGCCCACCCGAGGGUGAUGCUGUACGCAGACAGGACCGGGGUGGAGCUCACAGACAUCAGGGUGAGUCCUGUCUCCAGUCACACUCUGUUUCGUAUCAGCAACACUCCAGAGUGUCUCAGUGGGGAGAGAGUCAUUCUGUCCAGAUACCUGGGAGACGUCCACCCCUUCCACCACCUCGUCACCACACAGUUCUCUGCCUACGUCAUGGACGAGCGUUUUCCCUGCAUGCCCAUGCUCAAGUGGGAUCACAUGAUGGAGUCCCCACCCAUGUUUUGUCACGCUGUUUGUGGCUCCGCCCCCUCAAAGACUACUAAAGUCCUGCUGGGCUCCCACAGCUCUCAGGAAAUCACACUGCUGCAGUACUCUGGAGGCCGAGUGGAGGCCUGUUCUAGUCGAGGUCCUCCGCAGGCACUGCUCAGAGCCAGAGACAGUCUGAAACACCUUCCUGUCCAGAUCCCUCACCGCCUGGACAUCGCUACCAGCAGAUUGUCCUCACCUGCUGCAGGUCUGACCUGUAUCCAGAGGACAGGUGGAGGAGAAGCUGGUGGAGAGGAGUGCAUGUGUGUCCUCCAGCUGACGGAGGCCGGAGAUAUUUUUUACCAGAUCCUGGAACCCGAGCAGCCGGACAUCUCCAGACCUCCAGCAGAUGAUGAACCGUUUUCACAACAAGCUUCUCAGACGGUUAUAUCAGACACGUCGAGCGAUGAAGAUGUAAUCGGGCCGACUCAGCGGCCAACCGUGCCGAGGUUUGUGCCUGAAACACAACAAGCAUCGGACUCCUCAUCUGAGGAUUCAGAAUCCAGACGGAAACCUGGUUACCUGAAGCGGCUCGGGCUGCAGACCAUCAUCAACGAGGAUCCAGAGAUCGAUCAAGUGAGUGGAUUGGAUGCAGUUGUGGAAGAUGGAAAUGUGGGUGAAGAUAAUACUGAUCGCACUGAGGAACCCGUCGGCGUCUCCAGCAGCUUGGCUCAUGUUGGUUCUUCUGAGCACCAGGCGCCAGUGAAGCUCAGUGACGGCGCUCUUGUCACAUGGAAACAUUGGCUUCAGAAACUGAUGCGUAAAAGUCGUGGAAAGAGGCUCAACCCACAGCAGUUGAAGCUCUUCACAAUGAAGACCGGAGACCUCCUGAACCUAUCCGAGGACAAGGCGAUUGAUCCCACUGAGGAGGAGCGCGUGCAGAGCCUGAGGCGUGAUCUGAGAGCGUGCAUGUCCAAGCGCUCGCUCCUGGUUCACAGCGCCGUCUCCGCCUCCCUCGGGGCCCCAGAUGUGGUGAUGGUGCCGGACCCGGUGGAUCCAGGCGCCUGGAACGAUCAGAUCAGCCGGCGCCUCACCCUCUCCUGGCGGGGGGAGGAGGCGUGGCGGGCGUGGUGGGAGGAAGAGCUGGGGCUGAACAGGGACGCCAAGGUGGAGGCCCUGAGGAGGAAAAGGAGACGGCAGAAGGAGGCGAGGAGGGCCGCCGGUCGAGGCCUGGAGCUGGCCAGCAGUUUCACCUCCUCCGUCAGCUACCAGUCGGAGCUGGGAGACUUCAGUGAUUCUGCAGGCUGGUCGUCCGCAGCCAGCCAGGGGGCGUGGUCAGACAGUGAAGGUAAGCUGUCCCAGUUGGAGGCCUUUUCGGAGCAAGGGAGAGCCACAACACCCUCUACCAUGCAAACUGACACUCCAGUUCCCACGUCAACCCCCUUAACUCAAAGUUAUAGAGAUAAACAAGGUGAGACUCCCAGCAGCUCCCACACCCUCACCCCGUCCCAAACACCAAGACCUGACUCCACAGCAUCCAGUCAGAGGAGGAACAAACGCCCAGCUGAAGACCUCCUGAGCUCUCUGUUUGCACCACAGGAUGAGCCCUCGCAGCAUGGCAGUUAUUUCCUGGAGGAGGGAAGCAUCAUGCGCCAUCCACCUCCAACCGUGGCCGGGUCCUCCUCUCAGCUCCGCAGCUCCCAGUCUGUCCCUCAGAGGAGCUUCAGAAUGGACCCGUCCCAGGAGUCGUCCCUCUGGUCGGGUUUCUCCCAGUCUCAGUCUCUGUCCCAAAGCUCUCAGGGCCGUCUGGGCUCGUCACAGACGUCACAACCCAAGAGGAAGAAGUCUCGAAUGGGAUUUUGAUCUCUUCGAGCGGGAACAUAUGUUUUAUAUUAACGCUGGAAAAACCAACAACAAAAAAGGAAUGUUUUUCUUCAACUGCCUCAGGAUUUGUAAAAUGGAUUUGUAAUGGGAUUAUUCACUUGGAUUUGUAUGGACAAAAGAUGAACAUGGCAACUGGAUCUAAUGGAGGAGAGAUGGCUGAGGACGUCUGCUGACUGGUUUGGUAGGACUGAGUGGAAUUUACUAUCUUUGUUUGUGGCUGUGCCAUUUGUUUGCUCAGGUGGUAGCCUGUGUGUGUGUGUGUGUGUGUGUGUGUGCGUGCAUGUGUGUGUGUGUUAAAAGGACAGUCCUAUUUUGACUGAGUGUCGCUUGACAUUUCUUUUUACUAGUUUUGUUACUCAAAACUCACUCAGUUGUUGUUUACUUGGUACAAUGAAAGAACAUGUCACUCGCUGUGAUAAUUUAUUUUUGUUACUUUUCUAAAGAAAACACAAACAUUUUGAAUAAAACCGCUCAAAGAAAA